CUCACAUAUUACUUGGAAAAGGUCAACUUCACCACACCGUUUGGUGAUCAAGUAUCAUUUGAUGAGAAUGGUGAUGCCUUGCCAAUAUAUGAUAUCAUGAACUGGCUGUGGCUCCCUGAUGGAGGAACUAAAGUUCAGAGUGUGGGGUUUGUUAAGAAGUCGGCCUCCAGUGGUGAAGAACUCACACUUGAUGAAGACAAAAUCUUUUGGAACUUUGACUCGAAACAGCCACCCCAGUCAGUGUGCAGUGAGAGCUGUCUUCCUGGUACUCGCAUGGCCAGAAAAAAGGGGCAGCCUGUGUGCUGUUUUGAUUGUGUCCCUUGUUCUGAAGGAAAGUUCAGCAAUAGAAAAGACUCCAGGGAGUGCACCAGUUGUCCAGAGGACUUCUGGUCCAGCGCUCAACGUGACCACUGUGUUCCUAAGAAAACAGAGUUCCUGUCCUACCAUGAGCCUCUUGGUAUCUGCUUAACAACCACCUCAUUAGUUGGGACAUUUAUCUGUGCUGUUGUAUUGGGCAUCUUCAUCUAUCACCGCAGCACACCCGUGGUACGUGCCAACAAUUCAGAACUGAGUUUCCUACUCUUGGUGUCACUUAAGCUAUGUUUCCUAUGUUCACUGCUGUUUAUUGGCCACCCCAGGCUGUGGACAUGUCAACUGAGACAUGCAGCAUUUGGGCUUAGCUUUGUGCUUUGUAUAUCUUGUAUACUGGUUAAAACCAUGGUGGUUCUGGCCGUAUUCAAGGCCUCAAAGCCAGGAGGUGGAGCCAAUCUGAAGUGGUUUGGUCCUCUGCAGCAGAGAGGAACAGUUCUGGUUCUUACUUCUAUUCAGGCAACAAUAUGCAUCGCUUGGCUUGUCUCUGCAUCACCAGCACCUCAUAAAAACAUGCAAUACCACAAUGACAAGAUAGUUUAUGAGUGUGUAGUUGGGUCAACUGUUGGUUUUGCAGUGUUACUGGGUUAUAUUGGCUUACUGGCUCUACUCAGCUUCAUGUUAGCAUUUCUAGCAAGGAAUCUUCCAGACAACUUCAAUGAGGCCAAACUCAUCACUUUCAGCAUGCUGAUCUUCUGUGCUGUUUGGGUGGCCUUCAUCCCUGCUUAUAUCAACUCUCCAGGCAAAUAUGCAGAUGCAGUGGAGGUAUUUGCCAUCUUGGCCUCCAGUUUUGGUCUUUUGGUGGCACUU